AUGGAGGGACGAAAGCAGGCAAGUCGUCAGAGCAGGGCAGAUAUUCUCCAUCCAGACAUGUUCCUUCGCAUACUCUUCGUCGCCCUUGCACGGGUAGCCCUGUCGGCGCCCCAAGGCGGCACCUCGGUCGAGGUGACCAUCAACAUGAACUCUCACUUUGGCACAUCCGAGGAUACCAUCUCCGUCCUGGAGGCGGCCACCAAAAAGGUCAUUGCCUCCUCCUGCUCUCGCUCUCUCUCGGGUGGUUCGUUUGAGGGACACCCCAUCUCGGCCAACUUUGACCAGCACGGUCAGGGCAACAUCACCAUCGGGGCCAAGACGUACACGAUCCACGAGGACCCCAAGAUCUCGGGCGGCAUGACCUGCGACCGCAUGUACACCAGCCAAGAGCUGUACAUCACCUGCGAUGUCUCGGUCCCGAGUGAUGUCGCUGCUGGUCACAAGCUCAACCGUCGCGACACCAACUGUCUCAAGCUUGCAAAGCGAAACGGCAACGGCGUGCCGGGCUUGGCCGACAUCGCCGCCGGGCACAUGAACGGCGUCCGAAAUGUACAACUUGGCAAGAGAGCCGGCCCCCGGGAGACGGAGAUGCAAGCACACAACGCAAGCCGCGAUGCCACGUCGGCCGCGGCACGAGCCGGCGCCAAGACUCUCGAUGCCCGCAUCAUCCCCGGCUGCAGUGCCUGGGAGCUGACGACGGACAAGAUUGGCAACGGAGAUCCGCAUCAAAACUACAACGCCAAGCAACUCAGCCGGAAGAUAAGCUGCUUCGGCGCAAAGUCGUGCAGCGUGUCGGAAAACCAGAGCAAGUCGUACACGCUCACCUGGUCCGCCUCGAGCGACGUGGUGAAAUGGAUCAGCGCCGGCUUCUCCGUUUCCGAGACGUGGACGACCGGAAGCGCCCACACCUGCGGCGGCGGCAGGGGAGACACGGUCUGCAUCUGGUAUCAGACGGCCUUUACUGCCUACACGGUCCAGAACAGAAACGUCAACUUUCAGUGCCAAAAGUCGAUGCCUUUGGGCGGUCCCAAGAUCAUCUGGUCUCCCAACACGAACAACGUUGGCGGCCUGGGCUACUACUGCGUCAGCGGCGCGCGCUUCUGCCACGACCAGGGCUCCAAUUACUGGACCUACGACGGACCUGCCGGCGGGCCCCGAGAGCGAGAGGAAGCUGAAAUGGACGGUACGGGCGACGACGGCAGUGAGAUUUCCCAUUCUGUUGUCAAGAAGAGAAAUAUGCUAUGCAACUGGCUUCCACAUCAGUUUUGA